UUUUCGUUUUGAUGGUAUUUUAUGAUAUUAGUUUGCUGAAAUGCUAUCGCUUUUAGGAUUUACGCAAACAGGGAAGGAAAAAAAAAUAGUCGCUUCCAUAUUUGGUGUUGUUCAGAAGAAAAAAAGAACAGAAAAAAAAAAGAGAAAGGGAAUUAACAUUUUGAGAUUCUUUUUUCUGUGAUUACAUCAGAAAAUCUUGAGGACCAAAUAGGCUAUACAUAUUGGUUUCCUAUAAUUGAGCAACAACAUUUUUGUGAGCAAAGCAUUACUUUUGUUUUCCUCACUCUUUUUUUUAUUUUUAAACCAUUAGGAUUCUCUUUAAUGGCAAAUUGUUACGUUGCUUUGACAGUGAAAGAGGAUGGGGGAUCACUUUGUGCUAUUGGUGGAUAGGCUUCUCACCGAGUCCACCCUUGAAGCGGCUAUUGAGAGGGAAAAUCAGUUACGGCAAUCCACAGUCUCAGCAAGCCCCGGUCAUAUGAUUUCUUCCCAUGAAAUAGAUGUAAAUAUCGGAUCAUGUUCUAGUAAAUUGGUAGAGUGUAGGAUUUGCCAUGAUGAAGAUGAUGAUGGGAAUAUGGAGACACCGUGUUCUUGCCGUGGCAGCUUGAAGUACGCUCACCGUAAAUGUGUCCAGAGAUGGUGCAAUGAGAAAGGUGACAUCAUAUGUGAAAUUUGCCACCAGCAAUUUAAGCCAGGUUAUUCUGCACCACCUCCUCUGUUUCAUUAUGGGGGUGUUCCAAUGAACUUCAGGGGAAACUGGGAAAUUACCAGAAGAGGGCUACAUAAUCCUCAAUUCGUUGGAAUGGUUACUUCUGACCGUGAUUAUGUGGAUCCCGACUCUGAUGAUGAUUCAACUCUCUCUCAAAGAAGCAUCAUAUGCUGCCGACUAGUUGCUAUUAUCUUUAUGGUUCUUCUGGUAUUACGCCAUACACUACCAAUUAUAAUUAGCAAUGCAGGAGAGUAUUCAAUGACCUUGUUCAUGUUACUUAUGUUGAGAACCAUUGGUGUUCUUCUACCAAUCUACAUCAUGGUAAGAGUGUUCACAGCUAUCCAGCAUCGACGACAUCUAGAGGAUUCUCAUUUUUCACACACUUCAUCAGACGAAGAAAUUGACUUGCCACAUCCUCAACCACGAUUCGUCCUGAUUCAAUAACGGAGAACCGCCUGUCUCAACCUGGUGGAAGCUUAUUUGGUGAUGCUGAUGGAGAUUAAAUAUUUGGCAUUUUGAUGCAAUGUGCAGAGUCUACUUUUAGCAGCUGCAAUUGUAUGUCUUGCCACAGAAUGUCGUGGCCGAGGAUGCUCAUUAUGGUCAGUGGCUGCUUUCCUACCUACGUCGAAAUUAGCAUAAUCCUACACUAAUCCGCACGAUGCCCUUCUAUCAAAAAUGCUUGUUUAGUGGACUGUAAAAAAAAUGUUUUUAAGAAACACACUCAUGUAAAUGCGAGGAAAAACGCAAGUAAAGGUCAGUGAGCUGCAUUCUUUGCAGGCGCCGUAAAAGGGGCAUGAAAAA